AUGACAGAGACAGGCACCACUUUUCCCUUUGAGGAGUCUAUUGGAGUUGCGCGUGAUCGCUUCCUUUCAUUACUGAAGCCACCUCCGGCUGUUUUCACCCAAGAGAUCCCUGCAAAUGUGUUGGAGAAUCCCAUGGUGAUCGCGUUAGCCCUGAUGGCGCUAAGGAUGACUGGCUGUACAAUUCCUGAUGGGAACACUCCCACAGAAACUCGAUUAUUCGAAACCAUAGCGGCCAGAGAAUUUAUCACCGCAGUUAUGAGAGAGCGACCUGAUGUGGUCUAUUCAAUGGCAACGGGUGAUCUUAACCUUGCCGCGAGGGGAGAACAAUAA